GUGAAAGAUGGCCGACUUCAGUGUCUUGAGCGAGCUGAGAAACCAGCAACGGCCAGUCCGUCGCAAUGACAAGACCUACGGCAAGAAAAAGGCCCAGUCGGCGGAGAAACGUGCGAUGCAUUUCGAUCUCUUCGGUGGUGACAAGAAUGAGAACGACAUCGUUGACAAGAUGGAGACACUGACACUUCAGCACGAUGUUAGAGAGACUGUGCAGCCUGAACCUGAACCUGAACCGACAAUUCCUCUCGAACAGAGACCAGUUGAACAUCACCACCGGCCUCGAGCACGUCGAAAGGUCGCCUCAUCCAGGAAAAUGGCAAACCUCACUUGGCUAGAACUUCAACAACUCGACCCACUGCUCUCACUCGUUGGACAAAAAGUGGUCAAGGAUUUCCAGGAAUUCGGUCGCAGCAUCGGGAAGAAGUACCUAUGCACAAAGCUUGGUGAAGGAUCGUUUGCCGAUGUCUUCAAACUCCAGGCAAAAGAACUCGCAGAUGUCGAGGAUUUGGAGAAACGAGGCGGUCUCAUUGUCAAAAUCAUCCCGUUCAGACUGACCAAAGAGACCAAAAAUGACAUUACCGACCUGGAAUCGAUCACUCGAGAAGUCAGACUGAUGCAGUCCGUUGAUGCUUUGCACGGAUUUGUUCGCUGCCGCGGUAUUCACAUCGUCAGCGGCAAGUAUCCAGAUGUCCUCCUUGAAGCGUUCGACACAUUCAAAGCGACCAGACCGGUUUCGGCACACAAUUCCAACCCGCUGAAGGAUUUUUCUCCACAGCAGCUCUAUGCCAUCAUGGAAAUGAACGAUGCUGGAAAGCCCAUCUAUCGCCUCAGACCCUUAUCGGCGUUUCAGGUGUAUGACAUCUUCUGGAAGACCGCCAUGAGCCUCGCUCUAGCAGAGAAACAAAUCGAGUUCGAACACCGAGACAUGCACAAUGGCAACCUCUGCUUCAAGGCUCUGACCAAGGACGGCCCGAUCGACGCGACACAGAAAGUCAUUGAGGAGAUGAACGAGAGGCCAGAAGUCGUCCUCGGAAUGUCAAAUCUUCAAGUCACUGUCAUCGACUACACUCUGUCACGCGCCAAAAUCAAUGACGGGAGUGAAAGCGGCCUCAUCGUCUUCGACCCCAUGUUGUUCUGGGAAACAGAAAGCUACGACCCACAGACCCAGGCGGAGAAGCGGCAGUGGGGGACGUACCGCCGCGUCCGAGAGUGGGCGAGGACUGUUGAGUCCAGGGAGGAGGCACUGGCCGAACUCGAGGGCCUUGAAUACGAGGCAAGGAACAAGUACGAGAGGUUCCUGCCAAAGACAAACGUGUUCUGGCUCGGAUACCUGCUGGCGGACAUGCUGGCGAGAAGCCCUGCUGGCAGGGGUGCCAGCCUGCCAGGCAGUAGCAGGGCAGCAAAGACCCUGCAGGCGGAGCUGUGGGAGAAGUUGAUGGAGGUGUCGACCUACCUCAACGACGUCGCACCGACGUUGUUGCCGGUAGGGGCCGACGGCCUCAUCGCAGAGGCGGUGGAGAAGGGGUGGCUGGCGCCAGCUGACAUGGCGGCCUAUAAAGCCCAGGUGGAAGAAUAGAGGAGGGGGGUUUUUCGUUCCGAGUGCAUAGCGAGGUGCUGGGGCAGGACGGCGCCGCAAGGCAAAUCAUCAUGUGUCAUGAGUAACGAG